UUUAAAUUGGUGAGCGUUAGCCCUCGCAGGGUCGCCACAGGUAAGGAAAUGGUCAGGGAAAUAAUUCUUCAAGGUCAGGGAAAAGUCAGGGAAUUUAAUUUUGAGUAAGGGAAAAGUGACAUUCUGAAUGAAAGUCUGGGAAAAUUGAAAUAAUUUAACACGGCUGUUUUAAUAUCAUCGAAGGCUGGAAGAACGACCUGUUUCCUUAUCAGUCUUAAUGAACGAGUGGAAAGGACGGUUGUAAGGGGAGGCUUGAAGCCGCUACUAUAUCUGACAUUUCGUAUUUAUUUGAUCAGGGAAAUCUCAUUUUUAUCAGGGAAAUACAGGGAAUUUUGAAAAGUGAUGUCUGUGAUGUGGCAACCAUGCGCUGGCAUUUUGACGACAUGCCGUACUGUAGUUGUAAAAAAGCGGGGCACAUGCUGGGCUUUGUUAAUACCAUCGGAAAAAUAAUGAAUGUAGACAUCAUACCGUGAAAUACUUAGUAAUUGCGGAGCUUGUAAUGUUUUCGAAUUCACCCACUCUCGAGGUCCUUCAGGCCUCGUUUUGAAACAGAGUCAAAGCAAAUUUCUCGCCCUGGGCCGCCCUGGGCCCCCCAGGGCAAACUGGUGGUUUUUUAGUUCCCAGUCUUUCACGUUGGUCCGUAUGUAACAAAGUAAACAUGGAGUCCUUUUGUUGUUGCGCAAGUUGAAUUCUUUUCCCAAACUUUUUGGAACUAGUUGCGUUUGUAGUCUUAGGUUCUCAGUGAUGGGAGCGUCUCUUUCUCGAAGUCCAAGACAGAAGUCUGAGAAAAAGGCGAAAAGAGAUGUACUUUCAAGCCGUCCUCAUGGUAGUGCGAAAGAUCUCAAAGGGAAAAAGAGUGACAAAAGGCUUGAGCAAGGAGAGGAUACAGGGCAAGAAGCUAAAGGGAUGGAAAGAAGAGAUAGCAAGAAUUUUUGGAUUUCACAUAUAACAAGGAGAAAUAGCUCUCGAGAUACUAUAAGUGUUCAAACAGCAGUUAACACACAAAAGCCACACAAAAACUCUCGACCUCCGCGGGAGUUGAGCCCUAAGGGGAAACAAAAUGGAAGGAAACAUGAGGUGCAGUUAGAGCCAAACAAGAAUAACAACGCUAGGAGCUUGAAUGGGGCUACAUUGAACGAUCAGCCGAGUAAUAAGCAGGGCAAGAACCUGGCAUUAAACGGUUUAACCGUUCCAGCGACAGAAAAUCAAGAUAUUCAAGACUCGAAUUCCACUGUUGUCCCGCAGUCACCCGCUCUACUACCAGGACAAACAAGCGGGAGUAUCGACGCAUCAAACUUGAUUUCGGCAAAUGAACUGUAUAACUACUUCUGGGACGGAGCAAUACACUCCAGCAUCUUCGAUCCAUCGUAUCUACUUGUUGUAGAUGCUAGACCUAAAGCAGAUUACGAACGAGGCCAUAUUAUUUUGGCGCGUUGUGCAGGUUCUCUGUACAAUGAUUUAGCAACGAACCCCAUGUUUGGCUAUGGGUACCUGGGCGGCGAGGAAGUAAUUGCAAAUCGUCUUAGUGAAUACACUCACGUUAUAGUGUAUGGAAACUCUGUCUCAGACACCAGAAAUGACGAUCUACCAGAAAUUAAACUCAUGAGGGAGCUUAUGAAUUAUGAAUUAGUGGAUCCUCUGUUUCUAGCUUCAGGUUAUGACAGUUUUAAACAGGCUUGGCCCUUCAUGUGCACAACAAAGGACCUGACCAUCCGACAUGAUCAUAAAGAAAUCACCGUUUAUCCCUCUCUCAUUUUGGAAAACCAGCUCUAUUUAGGCCGAGGUGAACAAGCGACCAAUAGAAAGGUAGUAUCAGAUCUGAAGCUCACACAUGUCAUUAACAUUGGCAGUGAACAUGCCUCACCUUUCACAGAUUGCAUUCAGUAUCUCAAUAUAAAGCUUGAUGAUAAUCCUUCCAGUGACUUGAAAAUUUAUUUCUCAAAGGCUUGUCAGUUCAUCAGUGAUGCCUUGUCUAUAGGUGGACGCAUCCUAGUCCAUUGCAACCUUGGUGUAAGCCGCAGCUCAACAAUCGUCAUUUCAUACUUGAUGAAAUCAAGGCAGUGGACUCUCAAAGUGGCUCAUGACUUUGUUAGGGAUCGCAGGACAUGUAUUCGGCCUAAUCGGGGCUUUUUACAGCAACUGUCCGACUGGGAACAAAGUAUAUUUGGACGUAAGCACACUGAUGCUGAUGAGUUGUGGUUUUAGCUGCAGCACUAUACCAUACGGUGAAAGCCUCAAUAUUAUGUUCAUAUUCUUAAUUCGACCAAAGAUGUUCCCUUACAUUAUAUACAUUGUAGUGUAUUUUGAGGUGACACUGAAGAGGGGCUCUUUCACAUCAAAUGUGAGAAAUCAAGAUGAUCUGCUCCAUGGAGUGCGCUCAUUAUUUGCCAGCCCAAUUCACCAAGCAGAUAUUUUGUGGUAGAGAAAAUUGUUUGGCUUGUUUUUGGCUUUCAUGGUCAUAUUCAUAUUACUGAACUCAAGGAAUAUGUAUGUGUCAACUUUUGCUUAAACCUAGAACUGCAUUGACUUGGCUAAAUGAGUGAUACCUUUGCGGUCUCCAAAACAAUAAUUAUAAUAAUAAUACAAAUUUAUUGAGCACCUCAGCAAAUAAGUCUAUAUAUUUUCCAAUGUGUGAAGCUUCUUUCGUCAGGUAUAUUUAUGAAAUUUACGUAUAAAACAUGUUUAAAGCUCAUGUAUUUCUGCUGUGCAUUUUGCAGUUUGUAGUUCCAGUUAAUAAUAUAUUCAUACACUAGGGUAUGUGAGCUGUUCUGCACAUUUUCUUGAGAGCAUAAAAACAUCUGCCUUUCCUGCUGUCACUCACUUGUUUUAAUCUUUUGUGUUUUAAACUUGAAUAUUUAUUAGUUACACCUGAAAUCUGACACCUGUUAUGUUGCCUUUUAAAUUUGUUUUAGUUUGAAUUUUGAUUUGACUCUCUCUUGGGUGUGUAUAUAUUUGUUCUAAAACUGAACUGUUGUAGUUUCACACAAAAACACCACUAGGACUGUGAUUUUGACUAUUGUAAAAUAUAUUUAUUAGAUAUGCUAAUGAGUAUUUUUGAUGUUUGCAUGCUGAUAUCAUAGUGAUAUUUAAUUACUGUGUCGAUCAUAAGCAAAUAACUGUUUGAUUCAGAUUUGAAGAUAUUAUAUUCUGCCAGGCUUGGGUCAGUUUUCCCAGAAAUCUUGGCUUAAAAGUGGUAAAUUUAUAUGAAUUAGGUUAAUAUUUUAAUAAUUUUCACCUAGCAUGAAUGAAAUGCAGAUAAUUGGGAACAUAAAUUUUAAAAUUGACUGAAUUUACACUGAAUUUUCCCAUGCUCAGUCAAGUGUUUUCAUCGGACUAUCCAAACAAAUUGGCCAUUUUCAUUUCAAGAAAUUGUUUAGUCAUUUCAUUACUGCAAAACAUGUUUGUGACUCUGCAAUUAAGGUAUACAUUGUAUAAGAACACUUUUUGUAAUAUUUAUCAAAUUUAAUCAAACAGCUAUUUAAACAUUGUACCUAGUAAUCUUUUUUUGUGCCCGUGACAUGGAAUGAGUUGUUAUAGGUAAUCUUAUGCAAUGGGGAUUUAAAUUACUGACUUGGCUUGUAUAAUUUAUAUUUAUUUUAGAGUUUGCAGCUAUUUUCUUGGUUGUAUAUUUAUAAACAUUGAGGUUUCUAAGCUGCUUUACACCAAUAACAUACUCUAUUUUCAGAAACUUACAUGAUGAUAGUCUUAUGUGCACUGUUAAAUACUAGACACAGUUAACUUUACUGUUAGUUGAAUUUUAUGUAAAAUAAAAAGGUAUGAUUCAUGCUUCAGGCAAACAAACUACAUGAAGCAACAAUAUUAGUGCUCAAAUACACUUGUGGUCUUGCCACAAUGAUUCAGUGAAGAAGGCAAAACAAAAUCUUGAGUGUAUAUAUUGCACAAAGAGCAUAGUAUAAGCUAUGGUGAUAAGGUUGGCUUGUUGACCAGAAUUCAGUAUAAUUUUUUUGUAUAUGUUACUUCGCAGUAAUGUUAUGCAUUCUUGUAAUGUGAUUUUAAAAAUUGUUUGUUUGAAUAUUUAUUAAAAGGAGUACCAUGCAUACAAGUCAA